CCCACCUCUCCCUCCAAUGCGCUUAUUUCCGUCUUCCACGAGGGAGGGGAGACAUUGCGCUAGCAGGCCUUCUAUUUUGAUGACGUUCCCGCCUGCUUGCAGGCAUUAUUGACAUAUAAGAUGGCCACAAGCCCAGGCAUUCUGUGACCCAUAGACCUUCUAUCUCCAAAUCAUUGACUUAGUUCGACGGUUCGUCACCAUGUUUCGCACGUCGAGACAACUUUCCAAGCCUGCUCUCACAAUAAGACCGAAAAUUGCUAUCAACGGAGCACGACCAGCUUCCACACAACACUCUACGAAAGCAACCAAAGCAAUCAAGACCAGUUUUUGGACCACUGGACGUGUACUUGGCUUUUCAGCGUUUACCGGAACACUCUCAUAUCUUGUUGGAUCCAACAAUGUCGAUCCCUUGCAUAUUUUCGGUGCCAAAAAAACCGCAGAGCCGGUAUACGCCAAUCAGAAAGACAUGAAAAAGGCAAUCCGCGAGUUGAGAGAGUGCUUUGGCGAGGAUGCUGUUAGUACUGACGACGAUGAUCUUCAUGCGCACGGGUACUCAGAAUGGUCCUCUAUCAAUAUCGAUCAGCUGCCAGUAGCGGUUGCAUACCCCAAAUCAACAGAACAGGUGUCUCAAAUCGCCAAAGUAUGCUACAAAUACAAGAUACCCAUGAUACCAUAUUCUGGUGGAUCCAGCCUAGAAGCAAACUUUGCCGCUCCCUACGGAGGCAUGAGCAUCGACUUUUCUUUCAUGGACAAAAUUCUCGAGCUCCACGAAGAUGACAUGGAUGUUGUGGUUCAGCCUUCGGUGCCGUGGAUGGGGCUGAACGAGAGCAUCAAAGAUUCCGGCCUCUUCUUCCCCGUAGACCCAGGCCCGACAGCUAAAAUCGGCGGAAUGGUGGGCACCAGCUGUAGUGGUACCAAUGCUGUCAGGUACGGCACUAUGAAAGAAUGGGUCGUCAACUUGACUGUCGUCCUCGCCGACGGAAGUAUCAUCAAGACUCGCCGCCGACCGAGAAAGACAUCAGCGGGCUAUAAUCUGACCAACCUCUUCAUCGGUUCCGAAGGCACACUUGGAAUCGUCACGGAAGUCACACUAAAGCUUACGGUCAUACCGCAAGAAACCAGUGUGGCAGUGGUGACAUUCCCGACUAUCCGGGACGCAGCAGCAGCAUCAUCUAAAGUUAUGCGUGCCGGGGUUCCCAUCGCUGCAAUGGAAAUCAUGGACGACGUGCAGAUGGGCGUGAUCAACAAAACCGGCGCGACAAAGAGAAAGUGGAAGGAAGUUCCAACCAUGUUCUUCAAAUUUUCUGGUACCAAAGCAGGUGUGCAGGAGAACAUAAAAUUAGUGAAGGCAAUAUCAAAGGUGCACAAAGGCGGCAACUUUGAGUUCACCACCGAUGCCAAGGAGCAAAAGGAGCUCUGGUCGGCAAGAAAAGAGUCUCUCUGGAGCAUGCUGGCCUUGCGGAAGGGUGACUUAGAGGUGUGGUCCACGGAUGUCGCAGUUCCUCUGUCGCGGUUACCGGAUAUUAUAGAGGUAUCGAAGAAAGAAAUGGACGAGCUCGGGCUCUUUGCUAGUAUCCUGGGACACAUUGGUGACGGUAAUUUCCAUGAGAGCAUCCUCUACAACAGAAAGGAUCCCAGGGAGCGUGCAGCAGUUGAAAAGUGUGUCAAGGACAUGGUAGACCGAGCUUUGGAGAUGGAUGGAACGUGUACAGGAGAACACUCUAUUGGUCUGGGCAAGAAAGCUUCCCUUCUCAAAGAGCUUGGGACGGACACGCUCAAUGUCAUGAAGAGCAUCAAGCUUGCUAUAGACCCCCAUUGGCUCAUGAACCCUGGGAAAAUUAUCGACUUUCCUAGCUGAAGGGCUUCUUUGAGUAAAGACAGACUGGGGGAUAAUUCAAUGUGGAAUUGGGACUAUAGAUUUAUCGCCAAUCUUUUUAUUCGUUAGAAGUAUCAUGUAUCUAAGACUUGAUGUGCAGAAGUAACGUCCGUCACCGAGAACCGAGAUCCACCGUCUAGCGAGACACGGAACAAUACAAGC